GCUGCUCUCGCGAGGUUUUGUACCGGAUUGCUUUGUGCCACGUCUGAGAGAGGUACCGAACUGAGUGCAGGCAGCGAGGCGGGAGAGCAGGUAACACCGGGCACAGCACCGGGGGCUUCACUAGGGACAGGCACCUUGUAUUACAUAAUGGGUAAUAACAGGGCAGCUCUGGCACUUUGUAUUAGGCCAUCAAUGGGCGUUAGGCAAUAGGGCAUUGCUGGCUCUGAACAUUAGAUAAUAGCUUUUACAUGGGCUUUACUGGCACGGCGAUAGAUACUGGGCGAUAAAUAAUGGGUUAUAACGGGGCGAUAAAUAAUGGGUUAUAACGGGGCGAUAGAUAAUGGGUUAUUACGGGGGAUAGAUAAUGGGAUAUAACGGGGCGAUAGAUAAUGGGAUAUAACGGGGCGAUAGAUAAUGGGUUAUAACGGGGCGAUAGAUAAUGGGUUAUUACGGGGGAUAGAUAAUGGGUUAUAACGGGCGAUAGAUAAUGGGUUAUUACGGGGGAUAGAUAAUGGGUUAUAACGGGGCGAUAGAUAAUGGGUUAUAACGGGGCGAUAGAUAAUGGGUUAUAACGGGGCGAUAGAUAAUGGGAUAUAACGGGGCGAUAGAUAAUGGGAUAUAACGGGGCGGGGGGAUAUAUAUUAAGCAUAACUGGUGCUUUGCAUUUGAUAAUAGGGCAUCAUUAGGAAUAGGUUGGGCCAUCACUAACUGUAAUCAUUGUUAUAUAUUGGUUCCUUAGAAAUGGAAUUAAAUAGAAGUUUUAGAAAGAAUUCCAUAGUUUAAAGUUUUGAUUGUAUGCAAUAUAUUAUUUAUUUUUUCCAGGUAAGAUGGGACGUAUUUUUUUGCCCAGAGGCCAUGUGGCAUGUGUUGCAUUACUAGCACUCAUUGUGUCUAGUUCUGUGGUUCGCAUAAUCUCUGCCCAGUCCCAUGAAAAUUUGCAUCAUGGGCACAGCCACUCUCAUCAUGGGCAUAGCCACGAGGAUCCUCACCAUGGACAUAGUCAUGGUCAUCACGGCCACAGCCAUGAGGGUCAUCACGGCCACAGCCAUCAUCACGGCCACAGCCAUGAGGGUCAUCACGGCCACAGCCAUGAGGAUCUUCCCCAUGGGCAUAGUCAUGGUCAUCACGGACACAGCCAUGAGGAUCUUCCCCAUGGGCAUAGCCAUGAGGACAUUUUGCAAGGUCAAAAUAAGUGGACAGUUGAUGCAUUUGCUCAUGAAAUUGAAGAGCGCAUUAAACGGGAGGCUGCAAAACUAGAGUCAUCUUCACAAACUCAUGGAUCAAGAGAAAAGCUGGAUCCUGUACAUCUGUGGACCUACGUGAGAAAUUUCAGUACCAUAUUCUUUAAAGUUUAUAUAUCUGAUUUGCUGAUUAUUAGACAUGUGCAUUUGUUUUCUAGACAAAUCAAAAAAAUUUGCUAAAAAUAGGUUUUCUGUUCAUUUUGUGGAGAAAUGAAUAUUGGGCUAUAAAUGAAAGGAACACUACAGUGUCCGGAAUAGAAAUGUGCAUUCCUGACCUUUAACUCCUUAAGGACACAUGACAUGUGUGACAUGUCAUGAUUCCCUUUUAGUCCAGAAGUUUGGUCCUUAAGGGGUUAAAGUGUUAAAAACACUAUUAAGUUGGAUGAACCCCUCCCCCUGUAAAACUCCUCAUUAUUCCAGUGGCGCUGGUUCCACCUCACCUCCUUGGCUGAGAUCAUCAGAUCCCAGACCAUGCAAUGCUUUCCAAAAGGAAAUAGACAAAUGCAUCUCUAUGGUGAACGUUUGUACCCUCCAUGCAGAUCGUACAUUGUGCAGCACUGACCCUGGAAGCACCUCUAGUGGCUGUCUGAGUUACUGCCACUGGAGGUGUCUCUAGGCAGUAAUGUAAACACUGCCUUUUUCGGAAGUGGCCGUGUUUACAGCAAAAGGCCUGCAGGGACAGACUAAACUCACCAGAACAACUACAUUAAGCUGUAGUUGUUUUGGUGACUAUAGUGUCCCUUUAUCAUAUGAUCAAAUCUGCCACCGAAUGAAAUGAAUUUGGCCACUUGGUGAAUCUCUGUUGCUGUUCUGAAUGAAUGAGUUUCUUGUCUUAUGUGUUAGUGCUUAUGUUAUUGCAUAAAGCCCAGCUCCUUAAAUCAAUGCUGCUCUUCGAGGCUUCCUGUAUUUUACAUAAUUUAAAUUGAUUUCCAUUUCAUACUUCCGAAGUUCCUGUUGCUCUUUGUAUUGUGUCUCUCAUUCUACAGUACAUAUCUUCAAUGAAGAUCGCAUCAAGCAGUGUUAUUAUUUUCUGUAUGGUGAAUGCGACAAUCGAUCAUGGAUAGGUUUGUAUAUGCACUAGCAAGGCAUUCAAUUUAAAAUUGUGUAUAAUACAGGUAACCAGGGAAAGCAUUGACAAAAGAGCUGGGCUUGAAGCAUAAAGUCAUAGAAAAUAACUGAAGAAACUAGAAUAUCAAACUUUUUGGGGUUGCUGUUAUUACCACCACCUUUUUAUUAAUAUCAAAGGUCAAACUGAAAUUCGUUAAAUAAACAAUUUGUAAUAUAUUUUUUGUUCUGUUGAAUCAAUAAUUAACAAGUUUUAGCCAAAACUAAAAAAUUUUGACCAAACAUUUUUUCCGUGCACAUCUCUACGGAUGAUCCGCAAUACAAACGUCUUCCUUAUAGCCCCAUUUGUUUUAGUAAGCUGUGACAAUGGACUGUUUUUGUUGACAUCUCUUUAACACACUCCUAGGCAGUGUUCCCUCUAUGAACAUUUUGUCAGCUCUGGAUUGGUUAAGAAAGGAAGCUUGAAAAUUAACAAUUGUACUCCAUGUAAGGAAAAUGAAAAAUAAAUAUAUAUAAAAUGUAUUUCUUAUUUGGCAUUACUGGGCCAUGCACAUAUAAAUGCUUAGAGGGAGCACCACACAAAACCAUUUUUUUCACCUAAUAGUUAAUGUUAGUAGAUUUCACAGUACCAGUUAUUGCCUCUGUAUCUUACUAUGUUAUAUUUCUCUAAUGUAUAGUGUGAUCUUGCUUGCUUGCUGUUGUUCUUUCUGACAACGUCUUUCCCUUGCAGGCUAUUUGUGCCACACUCCUGAUUUCAGCUGCUCCCUUCUUCAUCCUCUUCCUGAUCCCAGUGCAGUCUAACAGCAGCCAGCACCAGUCCUUGCUCAAAUUGCUCCUGAGCUUUGCCUCUGGGGGGCUUCUGGGAGAUGCAUUUCUGCAUCUCAUCCCCCAUGCACUGGGUAUGCAAACCUCCUUCCUGUUUCUUACAACUUGCCACUGUCAUUGUCUCCUACCCCACAAAUCUUGCCUAGUGUUUAUCAGAUUUUCCCAUUUGUCUUUUCUCAGAGCCACAUUCUCACCACAAGGAAUCUGAUGAGCAUAUUGAAUCACAUGGGCAUGGACACUCUCAUGGUGAGUAUUUAUAAUAAGAAAAGUGUCCCUCCUUUGCAACUAAUAAAUGUUUUUCCUUUGUACAUAUUCAUAUGUCUUGCCAUCUGUCUUUAUCUAUCUACAUCCAACGUUAUACCAUUUGUCCCUAUCUUCCACUAUAUCCAUCCUAUGUUACCCCCUCCACCCCAUUUGUUCCAUAGAUUCUAUACCCCUUCUUCCUCUCUUUCCACCUUCUGCUACACCUUCCCCCUCUUGUCCCCACUUUCUGUGAUAUUAGGUCCCAUGUCACCCCUUCUUGCCUCUACAUUCUGUCACCUUCUCCUGCUAACCUCUUGGCAGAUAGUGCUCGUAUCUACAUGUUCCUCCAAACCUGCUCUUUCCUUCUUUUAUUCUUCAUUUUGCUCUUGCCUCACACGUGUCAUUUCUCCUGUUAUUCUAGAUCUCAAUCAUGGUCACACAAUGUCUGUUGGACUCUGGGUUCUUGCCGGAAUAAUUGCCUUCCUAGUAGUUGAGAAAUUUGUACGACACCUAAAAGGAGGCCAUAGCCACAGCCAUGGACAUGCACAUAGCCACGGUAAGUCUUGUGGCGGCCUUUAGUUUCAUGUCUUUCGAGUUCUAUAUCUGCUUUUUGUAGCUGUCACCCCUAACUCAUUGCUUAUUUUAUGGUGUGAGAGUAUUGGGCUAGGCGGCUACAGUGUCCUUGUUAUACGGUACUAAAUGACUUCUGCUAGUGUGUUAAAUGUAAACAUUUGUCUGACGCCUUCAGGCUAUUUCUGUUUGUUUGUUAAUGUGUCAAUGCCACGUGUCACCUGUACCGUUUCCCACAGCUUCCAAGGAUGAAUCGACAAACGAAGGUGAGAAAGAUGGAGUGAGACAAAGGAAGACUGAAGCAAACACUUCACAAAAAGCCAAAAAGGGCAAAGAUGAUGCACCCAUAUCAGGUCACUGGCAAAUCUAUUGUUAAUUUUAUAAAAGUUAUUUAUUUAAAAAAAAUUUUAUCAUCUCGAAUAUGAGGAUUCAUGAUGUUUGUGUGACAUAUGAUUAGUUUAUGUAGGGAGUUUACAUGAAUAUCAGCAUGGCAGGACAGUGUAUCCAAAGCCCAUACCAUCUGGGCUGGGAGAAGAGGGGCGGGCAUCCUCUGAUUUUGUUAAUGGGGUGGAAGAAUCUCUAGUGUAAUUGUGCCCCAACUCCUUUCUCAAGUUAUGACAACUCAUUUUGACCUCUCUCUAACAAAGCAUGCUCCGGAGGGGGGGCAGGAAAAGUAAUGUUUUCACAAAGGGAAAAAGCAUCCAUUUGAACCGGCUCAGUGAACCUAGCGUAGGUGGGGUUGCAAUCAGUGUGAUGAGCUUCUAAAGCCUCCCCAUGAUCACCUUUAUUUUGCUAGUAUAAAGCAUGGCCACCUCCUACAUAAAAGAUGAAAACAUCCAUAUUUCUGGUAAUAUAACUGGCAUUUGGGUAUUGUAUAAUUUAACUGUGGGUGCUGUGUAUUGUAUUCUCUGUCUUUCUUUCUUCUCCCACAUUUUAUGUAAUUCUAACCAAGAGUCUCCAUAUCACAGAUAUGACUGUGUCAGGGUAUUUAAACCUGGCUGCUGACUUCACUCACAACUUUACUGAUGGUUUAGCAAUUGGAGCCUCUUUUCUGGUCAGUAGCAAUGUUGGAAUAGUCACUACAAUCACGAUUCUUCUCCACGAAGUGCCACAUGAGAUUGGGGACUUCGCUAUCCUGGUGCAGAGUGGGUGCACCAAGAAGAAGGUGUGUUUCCUUCAUUCAAUCCCCAAUAAAUGGAUGCCGUGUGAUUCUGUCUCUGUAAAUCUCACUUCCUUUCCCUGUCAGUCGGAAUUACUUUGUGUCUUUAUUUCCUUUUUCAUGAAAUGUACACAUUCUUAUGUAUGUUUUUUUAUUUUAUUUUAUAGUUCACACACUCAUCGUAACCGUUGUUCCUCUCUCCCCCUUCAAGUGCUUUUUGACCAACUGUAUGUUUUCUUUUUCUAAAUCCUUCUUCUCUUUUUCCCGUCCUUGAUCACAAUUUUUUUCCCUUCUUAUUUUGCCUGUCUUUAUUAGACCCGUGUUUUUUAUUUAUUCUUUUUACGGUUUUAUCCCGGUAUCAAAUCUCAGGUUUGUUCAGAUAUGCUGUAUACUUGAUAAAGGCAGUGUGUCCUGAAAGUUCAUUAUUUCCAAAACUUUGUUUUUUGGGAUAUUUAUCUGUUUGUAGCUUGUGACAUGAAACCUGCAAAUAGACCGUAUUAAUGCUUUGUAUGUUGCUUGCUCUCAUUGUUUGAAUGGUGUCUUCCAGGCUAUGAUGCUACAGCUCAGCACCGCCGUGGGGGCUCUCGCGGGCACUGCCUGCUCUCUGUUGGCAGAGGGGAUUGGUGAAGCAGCUACGUUGUGGAUUCUGCCAUUCACUGCAGGAGGUUUUAUUUAUAUCGCAACGGUCUCUGUCAUCCCAGAGCUCCUAAAAGACUCACGCCCUUCUCAAUCCAUUCGGGAAACCUUUGGCAUGCUUCUCGGGGUUGCAAUGAUGGUAUUUAUUGCACAGUUUGAGUAAAGGCUCUCCGUGAUGAUCCAGUUGGUUACCAUAAGGAAGACAUUCCGUAAUUCUGUUUAGGGGAUCACCUGUGUUGCCUCUGUGGAUAAAGACAAUGUUGUUGUACUUUAAUGACCUCACCAGGCAGUGAUGUCAUUCUCGGGCAAAGGGGCAUUUUCUGCUGCUGUAACUUUGCAAUAAUCAUGCUUGUCUUUUGGUAGCACUGAUGUGUUUCCCAUGUUGGGCUUGAUCAGAUGUUGUAAUUUGAGGUCAAGGUGGCGUCAUUGCCCAUCCUAUCUAAAUUUGGAUAUAUACAUUGGACCAAAUUCUAGAAUUGUGAUUGAAACAUCCACUUUCAUGCUGAAAUAAUUUUCUUGUUAAACAGCAAAAAUACAUGAUGUGGACCACACCUUAGGUUUACCAGAUUCUAUAUGCUGGUAUUAUGUCCAGUUCGUAACUGUAAAUUUUUUUAAUUUUUAUUUUUUUUAACCAGUAAAAAAAAUAGGAAUUCUGUCAUUUUCUUAUUUCUUAUAAAUGCAGGUUUUUUUUUUUCCCCUUACAUUUUUUUGAAAACUCUAAUUACAAUCUUGAAUCCUGAUUGAUCCAGGUGAUUUUGUUUUUGGGUAAGCAGCCAGAGAAUUAAAAAAAAAAAAAAAAGUAUAAAAAUUGUAACUGAAUCUGGGGGGAAAAAUGUAAGAUCCGUGGGUCUUUGAAUUAUAGAGUGAGCUCCUGGAAAGGGUUGAGAAUCUGCAUAGUAACUUGUAGCUAAUAUGAUAUUAAUGAACUACACACACUGUGAUCCUUUACAAUUCUAGUUCAACGACAGUUUGAAAGGUGCUGUUUGGAUACUAAAUGGUUGAAGAAAUUCCGAGUGGCAGAAUUCAUAGAUAUGUCUGGUGCAGUCUCCUAACUCUCAGACUGUGCAAGAGUGGAAGCAUGGCUGACAGGUGUUUGUAUGUUUGUAGAAUACAAGUUUUUUUUAUUCUGUUUAGUGGCCGUAGACAUUUUCCAGUAAUCCUAUCAGCUUGGUUUAACAGUGAAGCUCCUCCUAUAAUGUAUACAAAUGUUCUGGGGCUUUUGUGGGCUCUUCCUUUUUUUUUUAUUGUAAAGCUACGUCAAAAAUAACAGCAAUAAAAGGCUGACAUUAUGUGUGUUUUUUAUUUCUGUAAAGAUAAAUUUUAAAGAGAAU